GCGGCGUGGAGCGUGCAGAAGCGGCGCGGAAGGUACGGAAGGCGCAGGCGGCGAUCGGCGCCUGCGGCAAGGCCAGACGUUGGCAGCAGGCCGUGCAUCUGCUGGGCGCGCUGAUCGCCGAAGACCUCGCAGAUGUGUUCAGCUUUACCUCUGCCAUCAGCGCUUGUGAGAAGGCUUCGCAGUGGCGGCAAGCCUUGGACUUGUUGACGGCGGUGUUUGCGCACAAGACCGAGCCUUCUGUGUUCACCUACAACAGUGCCCUGAGCGCCUGCGCCCGCGGAUCGCAGUGGCAGAUCUCUUUGGGCUUGCUGCAAGACUUCGAGGCGCGGCAUCUCCGGGCGGAUGUGGUGACCUACAAUUGCCUCAUUAGGUCUGCUGACUGGGCCCUGGCUCUGUUCUUCCUGCGGUCCCUUCCUUCGCAAACUGUGCGGCCCACGGUGAUCAGCUUCAACGCCGCGCUGGACGCCUGUGGCAAAGCGGGCCAGUGGACCCAGGUUUUGGCGCUGCUGGCGGAGCUCCUCGCCCGAAGCGGAAGCGGCGAGGUGACCUUGAGCGAGGUGACGCUGAGUACGGUGGUGAGCGCCUGUGGCCGGGCGGCGAGGUGGCAGGAGGCGGCGGCGGCGUGGCGGCGGCUGUCCAUCUCAGUGGUGCCCAACGUGGUGGCCUUCAAUGCGUUGAUCAGCGCCUACGACCAGGGCGGCCAGUGGCAGAAGGCCAUCCAGGCCCUUUGCCUAAUGCAGGAG